CUUUGGCCAAUUAUUCGUGGAUUGCUGUGAUUUGCAUCUCAAUUCCAUCAUUGUGCAGCCUAAACACCGCCAGCAAUUAAAACGACUAGAGAAUUUAUGAUGUUCUCAAGCGUUCCAAUCUGUGUUAUUCUAGAUCGUGGACCUAAUGAUACUCCCUCCAGUUAUUUUACCUGAAAUGCCCCCUCGAUUUUGGCAGGACAGAUAGUCUGGUGGUAGUCUUGUCAAUAAGCACCUCACUGCCGCAUUGAGAGCGCAGAGGAGCUGGAGCCUUGGUCGGGACCAGUUUGGCUACUGUUCGCUUCCUUCGUCCCUGGCCCAGUUAAGCUUGAAAUACACGCCUCGAAUUGAAGAGACGACCUCCUCCAUAACUGAAAAGAUAACAGCAAGAGUAAUCAGUCGUAGGUAAGACUGUGGGAGGACCCACUGGUGGAGAGUGUGGCAGGGGAAGCAAGAGUGAAGGAAACUGGGAUACAGAGGCGACCAGAAGUUAAAAUCCCAGUGUAUUAUGGGUAAUCUCACCAGCAAGGAUGGCCAUGGGCCUACAGCUCAUCUCUCCACAGGAUCACAUUUGGAUUUGUUCCACACACCACCCACCUCCCCCCUAGACCCAGGCUUACCUGGGACAGUGUUGGCCCAGGCUGCUGUUCCAGAUGCACAGGCCAGGUCAGUGUCUGAGGGUGCAGGGGAGUCGGCCUCCCUGGAGGGCUCUCGUCCAGAGUCCCCGUUUAACAAAACCUCAGAGUGGGCUGCAAUCGGACCUGAAGGCCUCACGUCACCCAGCCAGACAGGAAGUGAUGUGGACAGCGGGCAGAGCAUGGGCGGCACCCCCCUGACCCCCAUGCAGUGCCUCACCCCCAGCUGGCAGGAGAAGGACAGCGGUCUGGAACAGUCCCUGGCGGGCGGGGCGGGGGAUGUGACCGCGCUGUCCCCGCUUGAGCUGCAGGAGCAGUACGGGGUUUCCCCGGGGUCAAGUCCUGACCACGAGGAACCAGCAUGCUCAACAGCUCUACUCGAGCAGCUGCUGGUAGAGAGGGCGGAGCUGGUGGAGGAGGGGAGGAGCUUGAAGGACAUUCUGCAGACAGAGCGGAGUGAAUGGCUGCAGUUCCAGGCAGACCUCCAGGUGGCAGUAGCAGUUGCGGACCGGCUGCGUCUGGAAGCAGAGGAGGAGCUGGGCAAGCUCAGAGAGACCCAGCAGGACACAGAACGGCAGCUGGCUGUCGCACUCCGCAAGCAGCAGGAGACAGACGGAGAGCUGGAGUCCCUGAGGGCCCAGCACAAAGAGGCCUGCCAGAAACUGUCUGCCCUGGCCCUCAGCCACAAGCAGGCCAGGGAGGAGCUGGACACUCUUAGGGCAGAGCACAGAGAGACCUGCCAAAAAUUGUCCGCUCUGACUCUGACCCACCAGCAGGCAGCGGAGGAGCUCGGAUCACUGAGGGACAGAGAGGGGUCACGGGUGGGGAAGGAGCAGGACUCAGAGACGCAGACUGGGUGUGAGGUCAAAACGUGUGUCUCAGAGGACAUCCAGAAAGGGGAGGAGCCACAGCAUGGGGGAAAGGCGGUGGUGGAAAGGUACCUGCGGAGUGUGGCAGCUGAGGAGAAGAAGAAAGAAGAGUCAUAUUCUGGGAGGGAUCCCCGGAGAAUAGUAAUGCUAUGUGAGAGGUCCAGAAGUCUCUCUAGAAUCCCCCUGCCCUCUGAAUCCCCAUCUGCACCGAAUGGUAGCUCGCAGCCUAUGACAACCACAACAGGACCCCUCAGCAAGGACCAAGACCCAGCAAGAGGGAGGAGGGUGGACCGACUCCUGCGAAGACAAGACAGCUGGUCCAGCUCCUAUUCAAGUCAACCAGAGGAUCACAUCGCUGACCCAUCAUCAGUGAUCAACAGUGUUAUCAGACCUCAGGAUAGUUUCAGCAUGCUUCUGCGUCGUCACGGAGGCUCAAAGCGGAAUUCCCUGCUGCGCUGGUGUCAGAACCGCACCCAGGGCUACGAGAAUAUUGAUAUCACCAACUUCAGCAGCAGCUGGGUGGAUGGGCUAGCCUUCUGCGCAGUGUACCACACCUAUCUUCCGAUGCAUACCUAUGCACGCUGA